AGGUAGCAGCUCGCAGCCCCGGGGGUCUCGGCUGGUCCGCUGCGGCGGGGUCCGGACAGCAGGACAGUUGGCGGCAGGUGGCACUGGCUGGAGGCUGUCAGAGGCAGGAGAACAUGUAAGAAAAACCCUACAUUUUGGCCACCACAUCCACUGAGCCACCCUGCAUCUGCCCUGCACCAAGCCUCAAGCUUCUGAGCAGAACCAUGAGUGCCUGGCCCUGCAACUGGGGCUGGUAGCCCCCACAGCCUUUGGCCUGUGACUCCAUUUGUGCUUUGGCCCUGUGUGACCCAGGCGGCCACCAUGACGAAGCUUCUGGUGGCCAAGGUCCUCUGCAUGGUGGGCGUGUUCUUCUUCAUGCUGCUGGGUUCCCUGUUGCCCGUGAAGGUCAUCGAGGCUGACUUGGAGAAGGCGCACCGCUCGAAGAAGGUCCUGUCCCUCUGCAACACCUUCGGGGGUGGCGUAUUCCUGGCUACAUGCUUUAAUGCACUGCUGCCUGCAGUGAGGGACAAGCUACAGCAGGUGUUGAGCCUGGGCCACAUCAGCACCGACUACCCGCUGGCAGAGACGCUCAUGAUGGUGGGUUUCUUCCUCACGGUGUUCGUGGAGCAGCUGGUGCUGACCUUCCGCCGGGAGCGGCCUCCCUUUAUAGACCUGGAGACCUUCAACGCCGGCUCAGACGCGGGCAGCGACUCGGAGUACGAGAGCCCGUUCGUGGGUGUGGGCGGCCGUAGCCACGGCCUGUACCCUGAGCCCACAGCGCACACCCAUGGCGCAGGGCUGCGGCUGCGGGAACUGGGCCGCCCAGGGCCGCUGCGGCUGCUCAGCCUGGUCUUUGCGCUGUCCGCACACUCUGUGUUCGAGGGCCUGGCGCUGGGGCUGCAGGAGGAGGGUGAGCGUGUGGUUAGCCUGUUCGUUGGCGUGGCGGUCCAUGAGACGCUGGUGGCCGUGGCCCUGGGCAUCAGCAUGGCCCGCAGUGCGGUACCCCUGAGGGAUGCGGCCAAGUUGGCUGUGACCGUGAGCGCCAUGAUCCCAGUGGGCAUUGGGUUGGGCCUGGGCAUCGAGAGUGCCCGCAGCGUGGCCAGCAGCGUGGCAUCGGCGCUGCUGCAGGGCCUGGCCGGUGGCACCUUCCUGUUUGUCACCUUCCUGGAGAUCCUGGCCAAGGAGCUGGAGGAGAGGAGCGAGCAGCUGCUGAAGGUGCUGUUCCUGGUGCUGGGCUACGCUGUUCUGGCCGGCAUGGUCUUUCUCAAGUGGUGAGCCCUGAAUCCCUGAAGGACACAGAACGUCCCUCGACAGCCAUGCUCAUGGGCCACGGUUCACACACAGGGUCCUCCCGGGCUGGUCACCAGUCUCUGCCCUCCGCCAGAACCUGGCCCUACAGACACUGCUUUUAAAAAGGUCUUAAAGUUCUUUACCAAAGCCUGUGUGGCCAUGUCACCUCAUAUCCUGUCAGCCCUCCAGUUUUUGUUGUCAUUCCUGAGCCAUCAAGAAUGGAGCCUAGGGUGGGGACUGGCAGAUGGGGAUAUCAAAGUGACCUCAGGGACCCUGCCAUGUUCUCUGUGGAGCCCAGGCCCUCCCUGCCACUGCCACCCGAAUUUUUCUGGUUGCUCCAGUGUGACAGGUGACAGUUUGUGAAAGGAACAGUACAUAUGGGUCACGUGAGCAAGAGGACAGCCCAGACUGUUUGCCUGGCCCUCAGGAACAGCCCUUCUUGUUCUCUUGCUCUGUGGUGUGGCUAUCACCAGAGUGGAGGGGCCUCCUCUGCAGAGAGCAUGGCAGUGAGACUCCAGGGCCACAUCCUGACAGGGACAACUCCCAGGAUGCAGGCAGGAGCAGGGGAAACUCAGCACCUGGCAACAUUGGUGAAUGUCACCAUGGUAAUGCCAGCAUCUUGGGACAGCCUGAGUGAGGACUCUCUGGGGACAUAAGCCUGCCACAGCUCACCACCUUCCCUAACCUGGGGUCUGUGUAGCAGGCUUCACCUCAGCACUGCCUUCCCUCUGUUAGCUGAAUGUCAGACUCCUCCCUAGUGCCCUGUCGCCAUGGCCAGGUGACCAAAAUGACUUGUCGAGUCUGCCCCUACCCAGCAACACUCAGAUGAUACAAGGCACAAAGAGACAUGGCCUUGGGGACAGCUGGGGCUUGGGCACUGUCCUCAGAGCCCCAAUGCCUGGGCUCCCUUAGUGCUGUAAUAAACCCAGGUUCACACACCGCUUGGCACACAUUCAGAACCCAGGGCUCCCAGUGAGGGGCCCACUCUGCCAGUGGUUGAAGCCUCUCCUAGCAGUUUCUGGGGUUCUUUUCCGAGGAGCCCCAUCAUGUAGAUGUGGUAACGUACCCAUGGUGCCACCUGGGCUUACUGUCCUUCUAUCCUCUACUUAACUAUGGGUGGGGGGCAUCCAAAUGGUUCUCCAGCUUCCCUUGGCCCCAGGUGGGCCCCACGGGGCCACCAUGCCCCUGCAGGUAUGGGCUCAGGUGGCAAAGACUAGGCCAGGGUAGGAAGAGCCAGGUCCUUAGUCUGGCCAUCCCAACAGGGAGUCUGCACCUCCCCCAUGGGUGCAUACAAUGGCAUUCUCUCCUUUCCAGCACCAACUGCUCUGCCCCUGGGAACAGCAGCUUGUGGAUCUGGACCCUCCCCAUUAGAUAGAUCUCUUGAGAGUCAUCCCAAGCGCCAGCUCACUGGCAACUGGGGGCCUCUGUGUCUCUUACUGAAAGUUCCAGUUUAGCUGACAGCCCUUGCCCCAGCUGCAGGAGACCCUGGGCCAUGCUAGGACCUGUGCAGCUGUCAGGAGGAAUGGGCAUGGAGGAGGAAUGGACAUGCUGGGAUGCUGCAGGGCCCAGGCCAUCCCCACCCCACUGCCUCCUAUGGGGGACACAGCAGGAACACAGCUAGAAAGGAGGAAAGAGAGGGCGGUGCGGGUGGCCCAGCUUCACCGCUGAUCUGUGUGUGUAAUAACAGCAUGUCAGCUUCUCCUAUGGCUUGUUUGUGUUCCUGUAACAGAAGUUAUUAGUGCAGGCGGGAUCCGGCACAGCCAGCUCCUGGCAUCCUGCCCUCAUUGCACUGCAGGGGCCUGACCGAUCUUUGCCCUGCAUCCCACCUGCCCAAGGAAGCUUUUCAGCUUGGUAUUCCCCCACGGGGCGAGGGUGUUGUCUGUGGGGCACCCCGGGCUCCACGUGUACCUUCCCCCACUGUUGUCUCUGGAGUCCACCUGCUCCGAGCCAGGAGCUCCCUCCAUGACAUGUGUCCCAGAUGUCAUGCACAGUCCUCCUGGGGAGGGGUCCCACCUGUAAGUCAGCCUCCAAUGAUGAGAGGGAUGACACCAGAACACCACAGCAUCAUCAGUGAAUGCUCCCACAGAAGGGAAAUCCAGGGACGCGGUCGGUGAGGAGCAAGCGUGGCAGACCUGAGUGAGAUUCCAGGGGCUCAUGUGCUGACAGAACUGACUCCUGCACUGUCCUGAACUCCACGGGUGCUCAGUGGCACACAUGCACACACUUGUGUGUGCCCGUCCCACACCCCCUGAUAUGUGUAAUAACAGUUUUUAAGCUAGCCAUGGUUACCCACUCUGUUAAUCCAUGCACUCCAGAGACAGGUGGAUUUCUGUGAGUUCCAGGCCAGCCAGGGUUGCAAGUGAGCCCUUUUGCAAAAUAAAUAAACAAGUGAAGAUUUAAACUA